CCAACACCAUCAGAUCAUCAAUUCAAUCUUCUUCCCCUUGACUGCACUGCAUAUAAUAGCCAGCUAGACAUGUUACAGUAGAGAACUUGCUACUUCCACAGUCCAAGCAACAAUGGAGGGGAGGAGAGGGGAGAAGAACCUAGCUUAGCUAUAUCCCUAACUCUAGGGAGCAACAGGGUUACAUAAGAAAGCUCCCAAGAGGGCAAGAGGAAAAGGCCAGGAAAAGAAAAAAGGCAAACCAGAGAAGAAGAUGCCAGCCAAGUACUAGUACUUGCGCCAGUACUGCUAACUAUAGUCUCAGUCCGGCAGGCAGGCAGACCUGGUUCAGCUCACUCUUCCCCUAUAUUCCCAAUCAACACCCACAGAGAAAAGGAGCACCAAAAGCAGCCGCGACAGAAAGGAACAGCGAGUGAGAGAAAGAGAAAGAUCAACUCCACUCAGAUGAGAUCCCCUCUCUCUUCUCUUUCUUCUCUCAAGCUCUAGCUCUAACGGUGCUGCCUGCCUGGCCCAAUCAGUGAGUACGAUCGAGGAGAGCGACAAGGAGAUCGAUGGCGUGGUGGGCUGGGAGCAUGGGCGGCAUGGACCUCCGCAACCACCUCUCGCAGUUCGGCGGCCCGCCUGGCGGCGGUGCCAUGGGAGGCGGCGACCAGGCACCAACCACGCCAAACAGCAGCGGGAGCAACAACCAUGAUGAUGAGUCCGGAGCCGCACAGGACUCCCCCACUGCCGGCGCGGGCGACAACUCCCCUACCCCGGGCGCAUCCGGAGGGAGCGGCGGCGGAGGGGGUUCUUCGUCUGGCAGGCGGCCGCGAGGGAGGCCGGCUGGAUCCAAGAACAAGCCCAAGCCGCCUAUCAUCAUCACGCGGGAGAGCCCCAACACCCUGCGCUCGCACGUGCUCGAGAUCGCCAGCGGCGCGGACAUCAUGGAGGCGGUCGCCACGUUCGCGCGCCGGCGCCAGCGCGGGGUCUCCGUUCUCUCCGGCAGCGGCGUCGUCGGCAACGUCACCCUGCGCCAGCCCGCGGCGCCGCCCGGCUCCGUCGUCACGCUUCACGGCCGCUUCGAGAUCCUCUCCCUCUCCGGCGCCUUUCUACCCUCGCCUUGCCCGCCCGGGGCCACCGGCCUUGCCGUCUAUCUCGCCGGCGGCCAGGGCCAGGUCGUCGGAGGCACGGUCGUCGGGGAGCUCGUAGCGUCUGGGCCCGUCAUGGUCGUCGCGGCCACCUUCUCCAACGCUACCUACGAGCGCCUUCCGCUCGCCGAUGAAGAGCCUGGCGAGGGGGGCAUCGCACCCACCGGGUCAGACGGGAUGCAGCUGCCGGAGGGACCGCCUCUCGGAGGAAAUGGCGGGAUGGGUGCGCCGCCCGGACUGCCAGACCCCUCCUCAAUGCCAUUCUACAACUUGCCGCCGAACCUGAUGCCCAACGGCGGCGGUCAGAUGUCGCCGCACGAUGUGUUUGGCUCGUUUCGGCCACCACCGCCGGCCUUCUAGCUUCUAGCUACGUUUCUAGCUCCCCUCUUUUGCUUCUUCAUUUCUUUGUUUCGAGCUUCACAUAUCACUGUGAUGAUCUACUUGUUUUAAGAGUUCACUGUUUAAUUAGGUAGCUUACUUUGAUUGCUAGUGCGCUUAAUUAGGCAUGGAUAAAGGAAAGACUCCAAUUUGAUUUGAUCCCGUCAUGGGUACACUUUCGUU